AUGGAAAAGUCACCAGAAGUCCGCGCCGAUGACGGAUGGAUCGAGGACAAAGUGGCUCGCGCCGGCAACGGUGACCACCCCGACGCCAACCUGACCCCGGAGGGGAGAGCGGAAAAGGACCGUCAGCUACUCCGGAAGCUCGACCUUCGCUUGAUUCCGUGGCUCUGUUUGAUCUAUCUUCUUUCCUUUCUCGACCGCACCAACAUCGGCAAUGCCAAAAUCGCCGGCCUACAAGAGGACUUGCACAUGAGCAAUGGCCAGUGGAAUGCUAGUCUGGCCAUCUUCUUUGUGUCUUACUCGGUCUUUGAGCCCCUCUCAAACGUCUUGCUCAAAAAGUUCCGACCACGCAUCUACAUUCCCACCAUUAUGGUCCUUUGGGGCAUUGCUUGUAUAUGCCAGGGCCUGGUCAGCGACUUCUCUGGGCUGUCGGCAGUCCGAUGGUUCUUGGGUCUCUUCGAGGCGGGCUUGUUCCCUGGCUGCAAUCUCUACCUCUCUUGCUGGUAUCGAAGAUCAGAAAUCGGUGCUCGCUCGGCCAUCUUCUUCAGUGCCGCCGCCGUCGCCGGCUCCUUCGGUGGCCUCCUCGCCUACGCCCUGAGCCUGAUGCAUGGCGUCGGCAACAAGCCUGGAUGGGCUUGGAUCUUCAUCAUCGAAGGCCUGUUUACAGUCGUCGUGGCCGCCGGAUCGUACUGGCUCAUCUACGACUUUCCAGAUACGGCCACUUUUCUUUCGCCGGACGACCGCCUGCGGGUCUAUUACCGACUGAAGGCAGAUCAACAGUCCAGCGCCGAGCACGAAAGCUUCAAAUGGGCCUACUUCUGGGCAAGCGUAAAGGACUGGAAAACAUAUACAACCGCCCUCAUGGGCGGAGGAGGUGGCGCGGGCCUGUAUGGCUUCAGCGUUUUCCUGCCUUCGAUUCUGGCAGGACUCGGAUACCGGUCCACAACGGCGCAACUACUGUCUAUUCCACCGUACGCCGUGGCUGCGGUGUUGACGAUCGCGGUAGGUUGGAUUGGUGAUCGAACCAAGCAGCGCGGGUUAUGCGCCAUUUGUAUCGCACCUCUUUCCAUAAUCGGAUACUGUGUGCUCAUCAGCGAUGUGUCCGUCGGUGCAAAAUACACAGCGACCUUUCUGGCGGCCAUGGGAAUCUAUCCGGCUGUGCCUCUUCUGGCAUCCUGGGCGGCCAACAAUACAGAGGGAGUCUAUAAACGUGGCAUCACUAUGGGACUGAUGAUGGGAUGGUCAAAUCUGCAGGGCGUCGUCACCAGCAACGUGUAUAGAGGCAAGGACGCGCCUCGAUUCAUCCUCGGGCAUUCCGUGGUGAUUGGUUACCUGACCCUGUCAUACUGGGGCGGAGCAAUCCUCCACCACCUGCUCCUGAGACGCGAGAACCGGCUGCGUAUGGCCGGUAAGAGGGACUACCUUAUUGAAGGCAAGACGCCAGAAGAGAUACAGAUGCUGGGCGACAAGAGGUAA